UCCGAACAGGCCCGAAUAGAUUGUCCUCGUUCCCCCUGUGUGAUCACGACAACACGCACUCAACGACUCGUCCAUAUGCUGCCAUCGAUUCAAAGCGACCCUCCUCUGUCCUUGCGGCACGGCAAAGCCAAAGCCUAGACCUGGCCCAGGAAAUUCACAGCCAGAGAAUCGUCUGUGCCGUCAACAAAGACCUAGUGCACCAUGUCCGACAUCGAAGUGCUUAGCGAGUUCGGCGCAAGAAGAAGGCAAGAGGUGUUAGAAGCGUUUUCCACAGUUAAUAGGAUGCACUAUACAAUCUCGAGAGACGACACCGCCGGCGAUCAUUCUCGACAAGAGCGAACCCUUGGGGAGUGGGCGGAGCAGACACGACGACGGCGCUUGCCGCUUUUUCCAAGUGGGCAUGAUGGGUCGGAAGCGAAACACGAAAGGACACCAGUUGGAGAUGCUGCACUAGUUGCCCAUUUGGGGGCUGGAUCGUUGCCCGACUUUGUCUCAUCGGCACGAAGAGAAUCCCCAUACCAGUCACGAGCACAAUCGCGCACGACUGCGCUAUCAUCUGCGCGCCAAACGAUCACUUCAUACCGCUAUGAGGUGUUUGGAGAUAGCAGUGAAGAUGAAGCCGGCUCUCAAACCUCACUCACUGAUGAAGAUGACUUCUACAACGACACUACCUCUCUCCCUGAGGAUGAUGACAACGUCGGUUUCUUCGAAAGUGUUUCUUCGUCAGGUAAACAUGAAUGGGGCGGAGAAGAAUCGGCCACCCAAGCAAACAUUUCAUCCGCCGAGAAGCCACGCCUCCGCCAGGCUGGUAUCAGCUACGAGAAGCCGUCCCGGGACCGACAAGACGACAUCAGAGACCGCGAACGGGUACGCCGGCGCAGAGAGGAGAGGGACAGACAAAGCGAGAAGCUCCAAACCAUUCGGGAACACUUAAAAUCUUUCAAGAGGAUUUCCGAGCUCGCCUCAGAAGAGGAGAUCCGACAACAAGAGUUCAUGCCUCUUCAGGACGACCUGCCCGUGCCACCCGUACCGCUCCCGUCGCCUAAGCGCCAGCUCAUGACUCCAAAUAUGCGCUUCGAUUACCAGUCCCGCUUCGGGACCGGCAUUGAUUUCCCGCCCCCGGGCCUGAUCCGCGAAGAUACAUUCAAGGUCCGCUACGCGACCCCGCCCCCCGACGCCGCCGAGAAAGAUUCAAGUCGAAGGUCGUCCAAGACCAAGAAGCGCAAAACUCCACUACUAGCUGAUGUACCAGAGACAGACUCAAUUACAUGGCACAAUGAAUAAAAUAGUAAUGAAGGGAGCACUAAGGGCUAUACUCUUUUUCUUCUUGGGCAACUUAGACGAUGUCUUCAAUUAGUUUACACCGCCUGGUUUAGGAAGGAGCAUAGUCAUAUUUCCUAAUCAACAAAUAAACU